AUGGAUAGCAGCAGUGAUGAUGAUAGGGUUGAGGGACCUCUCCCCGUGAUCCCGUAUUGCAUAGUUGGAGGCAGACCCCUUUUGCGAUACUCACCUGCUAGGUGGGGUAGAUCGUGUCCAUGUCGAGCGAAAUACUCUUACCCUAACCGCUUGGUGUUAGGAGUAGCCGAGGAGCGGAGGCAUUUGACUCGUGACUUUCGGAUAGCACUAGAGGAGAGAGAGGAGAUGGAGGCCACUAUAGAGGCUCAGGCUGCCCGGAUCCAGGAGUUAGAGGCUAGAGAGACGGGGAAUUACGUGGAUGGUAUUAUGGCCGAGUGUGUGACUAUGAUUGAGCGUCUAGAGGAGGCUUUGCUUGGGAAUAUACCUGGGGAGGCUGCACCUGCGGUGGAGGUGGAGGUAGAGCCGAUAGAGGAGGACCCUAAGGAGAAUCCUUCUAAGGCUGUAGGGUCUUCUACUUUGGAAGUAAAGGGGUUGUUUCAUAUUAUUGUAUCAUCAGAGCAGACAAUUGCAGCUAUUACCAUUUACCAGCUUCAAAAUUUGUCAUCACUUCAGGAGUUGUGCCAAGUGUUAGCAAAGACAAGAAAGUCAAUGUGCUAUACUCUUAUUGAUAGAUUGAUUCGUCUUAUUUUGACUCUUCCUGUUUCAACAGCUACAACAGAGCGUGAAGUAAAGGGGUUGUUUCAUAUUAUUGUAUCAUCAGAGCAGACUAUUGCAGCUAUUACCAUUUACCAGGAGUUGAGCCAAGUGUUAGAAAAGACAAGAAAGUCAAUGUGCUAUACUCUUAUUGAUAGAUUGAUUCGUCUUAUUUUCACUCUUCCUGUUUCAACAGUUACAACAGAGCGUGUAUUUUCUGCUAUGAAAAUCAUCAAGAUUUGUUUGCGUUCUAGGAUGGAGGAAGACUUUCUUACCAACUCUAUGAUAAUGUAUAUUGAGAAAGAAAUUGCGAGAACUUUUGAUAUAAAUUCAAUCAUUGAAGACUUUGAUAAAAUUAAAAGUCAUCGUGCACAAUUUUAUAUGUCCCACACAGGGGUGGAGAGAAGGGGGGCAACCACCACCCUCCAAUUGUGA